UGUUCCCAAGAAACACUGCUGUAGAGCAUCCUAUGGAAUGUAUUAUACUUAUUAAUGCUGACUGUAUAUUGAUCUCCUCUGUAGACAACACGGCGGGCAUCAGGACCCAGCGCUCCGGCUUCAACCGUCAGGAGCAGAACGUGUACCUGCUGCCCAUUCUGGUGGUGGACAGUGGCCCGCCGGCCCUCAGCAGCACCGGGACCCUCACCAUACACGUGUGCGGUUGCGACAGUGACGGCGCCAUCCAGUCCUGCAACGCCACGGCUUACGUCAUGUCUGCGGCGCUGAGUCCUGGAGCACUCAUCGCCCUGCUCGUCUGCAUACUCAUACUCAUAGUUCUGGUGCUGCUAAUCUUAACCCUCAAACGCCACCGGAAGGGUCAGCGGAUGUCCGAGGAUGAAGAAGACAUGCGGGACAACGUCAUCAAAUAUAACGAUGAGGGCGGCGGUGAGCAGGACACGCAAGCCUACGACAUGAGCGCCCUCCGCAGCCUCUACGACUUCCCCGAGGUCAAAAACUCCGAUUCGGGCCCAGACCUGCGCUCCGUCCCGCAGUGGAUUCAGAACAGAGUGAUGGGGGACGGCGGACCGGCAGACUUCUCGCUUUUUAAAGGCUACAUCCGCAAGAAGGUGGAGCAAGCAGAUGCGGAUCUAUCAGUGCCGCCGUACGACUCCUUCCAGACUUACGCUUUCGAGGGCAGCAGUUCGCCGGCGCUAUCCUUGAGCUCCAUCCGCACGCUUUCUACCACCUCAGAGCAGGAUUUUUCAUAUCUAAGCGACUGGGGGCCAAGAUUCAGGCAACUGGCUGGAUAUUACGCCCCCCCAGCCCAAGUAGAGGAAGAGGGAUCCUAGCAUCAUCUCGAUCUGCAUCCGUUAAACAAAAUGGAGUUGUUUUUUUUUCCUCCCUGCAACAGCAGCAGCUUCUUAUUUGUUUGUUUCUGGUGAGGUUUUCUGAAUCCCUAGCAGUCAGUUUGGGGAGUUUUAAUGUCACCCGUUUUUGGACUUCCUUAAAUGACUUCUUGUCUUGUAGGAAACGUUAUAGGACAAGUAUACUGUAUUGAAGGAGAAGAGCAGUGGUGUGGGCAGUCCUCCAAUAUCUGUCAGCGAGAGCUGGAGAAACGGGGCUGUGCCAUACGCACCUCAUUCUUCACCUUUUGUGUCAUUUUGUUUGGCCAUCUGUGGAAAUAAAUAAGGAUUUGGAUCAUUACAAAGGCAACUGAAAUGGCUAAACGUUCAAGGAAAAACGUAUAAUCUGUAUUUAUUUAAAGACAUAAAUGGACCAGAAGAAAGUUCUACUAUUUAUGUAUUUAUUGCUUUCUAUUUAUUUAUUUAUUCAUCCUGACAAUGGACUAAAGUACGCAAACAAAUCGGACAAUUUCUUUUGGAUGAAUAUUGUCAGGGUGACCUAAUGAAGACUAACAAAAAACGAGGAUGACUGAAGACAAGAAUGAGUUGGGGUGGGUUUGUUGGAGACAGUAAAUUAGUCUUGAGAAUAUUUGUAUUUAUUUUUUAGAAACUUUUUUGUAAAAUACAAGCUGGUGGAUAAAACUUGCGGAUAUAUUGGGGUGAAUCUCACUAAAACAAGUCCAGAUCAUGCUUCACUCCUGAAAUCGACAGAAUAUGAAUUAAGAGAUUUUAUUUUUAUAGCAUGAAGCCUCGGUUAAGGAGUUUAUAAUGUGUUGUCCCAUUAUUUUAACGCAACACCGUUUUCAACUCAAAAACUGAAAACUCUGGGCCCUAUCAUACACCCGGCGCAAUGUGGCGCCACAAUUGUUGUUUGGUAGUUUCAGCUUGGCGCAAGAGUGGUUUU